AUGCUGGGAGCACUUCCGAAUAUAACCCGUGAAUAUGGUAUUUCUGGUGUCGUUAAAGCAAAUUCUCCGGCAGAGUCGAGGCCCCGACAUACGGCAAUUUUCGCCGGGUUUGAGGAAGAUAUUGCCAACAUCAAAUCUGGUUGGUCAAAAAGCGUUCAGCCUUUUGAGUCUGUCUUCAAUAACGUGGGUGCUUCCUGGGCUUUUGGGAUUGAAACUGUACUGAACUAUUUUGAUGCCAAUAUCAGGCGAAUGAGUCACGGAAAUUCGCUCUCAGAUUUUCAGGUUUUACAGGCUUUUUUGACGUCUGCUGACAGAGUUGUGCAAGAGUUGAGCGUGCAGAAGAAUGACGUCAAUGGGUCAGCAUGCGGGAAGAUUGUGUUUUUGCAUUUUGAUUCUACUGAUCAUGCCGGCCACGUUUCUGGAUAUCCAUCACCAGGUUACGUGAAGGCUGUAGUUGAGGCGGACAACUUUGCUCAGUCCGUCUUCGAUUUCUUUCGAAAAAAUAUACCCCAAGAAUUAAUGAAUGCAACGACAUUUAUUGUUACUUCGGACCAUGGCGUUUCAGAAUAUGGGCAUGGUGGUGGCAGUCUAAAUGAGGUCUAUGUGCCCAUAUUCAUGUGGGGUAGCGGAAUUGUUGGAGAACAAUUUCAUCCCGUUUUGAGAAAGCCGGACUCCAAAUCCGGAUACCCCAUACUCCUUAAUCAAAUAGAUAUUUGUCCCCUACUCGCAAGCCUCUUGGGCAUCAAAAUGCCGUCAAAUUCCAUGGCAACAAUUGAGCGAAUAAAAUCAACUUCCUUCUUUCCGUUCCUGGUAAGUGGCGGCGAAGAACCACGGGUGGUGCAAGAUCUUUUAGAGGAAACAAAUCAACUUGUAAGGACGCUGUCGAAAUUACGUAAUAUGAAUUCUUUUCCAAGAUCCAUGAGCAUAGGCAAACACAAGAUCGUUUGA